AUGGAUUGUAUUCUCGACGCUGAGAUUCACCUAGCUGCUAAGGGUCUUAGUGCUACUAUUACCUCGGAUAAUACAGCGUCGAGUCAGGAUAAGGCCAAGGCUAUAAUUUUCCUUCGUCAUUAUCUGGAUGAAGGACUGAAGGUUGAACACCUUACAGUGAAAGAUCCACUUGAAUUGUGGAGUGACUUGAAGAAAAUGAUUAUUUUUCAAUUGAAAUUAUGUGGGAAAACUAUAAAUGAUGAGGACAUGAUGAAAAAAAUACUUACUACUUUUCAUCAAUACCGUGAAAAGGGCUUUCAGAAGUAUUCUGAAUUUAUCUUAUGCCUUCUAGUGGCUGAGCAACACAAUGUCCUUUUGAUGAAAAAUCAUGAAGCUCGUCCCACUGGAGUUGCUCCACUACUAAAAGCAAAUGGGGUACAAGCCACUGGAAGAAUGAAUGACGGACGCCUAAACAUUUUGCUAGACUUUAUCAAGAAUCUUCAAAAGAAAGAGAAUGAAGGUGUGACCUCUUCUAAUGCCCGAAUGGAGUCACACUUAACUUUCAAAAAUGAUAAUGAGGCAGGAACUUCACAAAAAUAUGAUGACAAUAUUGAGGCAAACUUGAUUUUGAAAGAUGAUGAUUUUGAUGGCCUUGAUGAUAUCACUUAUUUAGAAGUUGAAGACUUCUUUGGAGAUCAAAACUAA